AUGGAAGAUUCCAGGCCCACCAUCGAGAGACAGCCCAAUCGCUUUUCCUUGUACAGCAUCGAGAGACUUCUCAACGCCAGCCGUGAUGUUGUUCGUCGUCCAACCAUCGGCGACAUCCAAGACGUGGUCGGAUCAAGAGGUAGUCGGGAUAAAGCGAUUCAAAUAGCACUUAAUUCUAGAGAUCCUGCGGCAGCCCUCCGGGACACCCUCUCCCGCCUCGUUCACCGGAGCCAGGAGCGGGGCUCCUUCGGCGACCUCAAGGAGGACGCCCCCACCCCCGUGUCCUCCUCCUCCUCCGACCUCCCGCUCUCGGAGGCGCAGUCGAGGGGCGGCCUCCCCUCCCUCGACCCCUCAGACGAUCCGAACGGCGACGCCUCCGCCCCGGACAAGCCCCGCAAGAUCCGCCGGAGCCGGACCACCUUCACCACGUACCAGCUGCACCAGCUGGAGCGGGCCUUCGAGAAGACGCAGUACCCGGAUGUGUUCACGAGGGAAGAGCUCGCCAUGCGGCUCGAUCUCAGCGAGGCAAGAGUACAGGUAUGGUUUCAGAACCGCCGGGCAAAGUGGAGGAAAAGAGAAAAGGCCAUGGGUAGAGACAGUCCUAACCUUCCUUCAGGAGUAGAUCUCCUCAUGGGACCCAGAUCCGACCUGCCCUCGCUGUACCCCAACUCGGGUCCACACUUACACGGAAGCCUACCAAUAGGGCAUUCGGACCACCACCUGUGGCCUCUGUCCACGGCCGGUCUACAAGGCCCGCUAGGACUAUCCCACAUGCUCAACUUCAACAACGGCAAUUCGGGGCCUGGAGCGAUAGGGCCACCAGGAUUUCUUGGACACGCCCAUGGGCCCCCUUCUUGGCCGAAGGCUGUUACGCCACUCAGCUCGGCUUUGCUGUCAGUCUACAUGCUCAGUUCAGCUGCAGCUUCAGCCUCAGCUUCCACAUCUUCGUCGACCACAGCUCCGUCUAUCACCAGUUUCGCACACCACCAUCAUGCCCUGGCUCAUGCAGGUGGUAAAGGAGCCCCUUCGUUCCUGGGACAGACCCACCUGCAACCGACCUUUAUAGGUCUAGACUCUGGGCCCUUAGUGAAAAGUCUGGAUCCAGGAAGAUCCAGCCUAGACAUCCUUAGACUCAAGGCAAAAGAACACGGUCUGGAGAGGCCCAGUUCCCCAACUACAGCCUCAAGACCGAACUCAUCUUCCUGA